AUGUCACCCGAAUACGCAAUUGAAGGACGAUUUUCUGAAAAGUCAGAUGUAUUCAGCUUUGGGGUCUUGCUACUGGAGAUCGUGAGUGGAAAAAGGAAUAACCUCUUUUGGUAUAAGGAGAUGUCUUUGAGUCUGCUUGGAUAUGCAUUUAAAUUGUGGAACGAAAACAACAUUAUAUCAUUCAUUGAUCCAGCCAUUGCUGUAACAUGCUUCUUAGGAGAGAUUCAGAAAUGCAUACAGGUGGGACUAUUAUGUGUGCAAGAAUCCGUUCACGAGAGACCAACCAUUUCUACUGUUAUCUCAAUGCUUCGUAGUGAAAUAACAAAUCUUCCACAUCCAAAACAACCUGGCUUCACUUAUACUCAAAAAUCUAAGAAUGUUGAAUCAUCCUCAAAAGAGACUCAUCAAAGCUCAUCAAAGUAUUUUGUCUCUCUUACAUGUUUGAGUGCCCGAUAA